CAAGAAUAAAGGUUACACAUUGUGUAACAAAGUUUCUAUGGAGGAUGGUCAUUGGGCUUGUAAAAGGAUAUCCAAUUCUACUGAACGUAUCGCUUUCACACGGCGGAUCCCUUUCCCCUUUACGCCCAUGCUAGCUAAGUGUCAAACUACUUGGCGCAACAGAUUUAAAACGUAAUAGGCUACUACUUUGAAUGACGUUAGUUACAGUAAAGGAUGUGCCUCUUAUCGAAGCAUACGUCUUUCGUCCGUGGAAGAAUAUCAAGAUGUUUUCGGUUUGUUUUUGGGGUCCGCUAGGAAAGCUAAUUUGUAGUCUUUCCUCCCGAGGCUGUUGAUGUCGAGUAUUUUGAGGUGCUACCGAAUUGGGACGAGGAUCCCUCGGGUCGCCUCUGUAGCGCCCCCCUGCAGACUAAAAACUUUCCUCUCUCGAAGUGAUUUCCUCCCCUGUUUUUACUUCCUGUUUUCUACGGGAGUCACUUAGCUCAGCGCCUUUCAUUUCAACUUUUUUCUUUACGCCUGGUACUUCCAGAGUUUCUUCUGGCGAAAUUUGUAACAUCUGUAAGUUAUCUGUUUCUUUCGAUUCGUUCGAACGUGCGCAGUCAGAGCAGACUACAUUCUUUGGAUUUUAAGGAGAAAUGCCUGGCUCGAUUUUAUGAUCGGUCCCGAUGGAUUUCACAUAGAUUUGGUUUUGUUUGCUGGACUGUCCACUUAACCUAUUAAUUUUUCGCCUGCUCCCGUGCUUUGCUCUAGCCUAACUUACCCUUAUUUGCUACAAAGGCAAGUCGAUUACCAGAGCUACUUCUUAUGGGUAUUAAUCGCACGACCUAGCUUAGGCUAUCUUUAGUUCUAACGACUAGUUUUGCGGCUAAAUGUUGUCGACGAUGUUUAGUUUAUAAUUGAUGUCUCUUUGAAAGUUAUAAUGGCUGAGCUUCAGCGACCGACGCUGUGCUGUUGUCGGAAAGUGCUGACGGUGCCCAGCAAGUCCUGUGAAGGCGGCCGGACUUUGGGACAAUGUCGCCUGGUGGACAUUGCAUCGGCCUCCAACUUCCACAGCUUUAAACUUCGACACUUUCAUCUUGACCUCCACCUCAACUUUGCUCUGAAGAGGAUGACUGGGUGGCAGGUCCUCGAACUGGUGCCGAUCCAACCUGGGGUGCAAACUCUGGUUUUGGAUACGCACCCGUCCCUACACAUCCAUUCCAUAGACUGCAAGGUACCCGGUACCGCUGGUUCCCCGGAUAUCUUCCUCUCACUUACAUACCGUGUGGAGCCUUUCACAGACUACGGCUCCUCGCUAAAUAUUAGCCUGCCGGCCUCAGUCAUUCGGCCGCACCGGGCUUUCCAGAUCACCAUCCGCUACACUACAACAGACGGCCCUGCGAUCUGGUGGCUGGACGCUGAGCUGACGUGUGGUCAGACACGUCCGCUCGUCUUCACGCAGGGCCACUCCGUGUGCAACCGUUCCUUCUUUCCCUGCUUCGACACACCGGCCGUCAAGAGCACCUACUCUGCCACAGUGCGGGUACCAGAGGGUGUGACGGUGCUGAUGAGCGCGUCCCGCAGCGCGUACUCCAAGCAGGACCGCGUCUUCCAGUUCUCCAUGGAGUUCCCCGUGCCUGCCUACCUGGUGGCGCUGGUAGCAGGUGACCUCCAACACGCCGACAUCGGGCCCAGGAGUCGUGUUUGGGCAGAGCCGUGCAUCCUCACCUGUGCGGUCAGUAAGCUGGGAGGCAGUGUUGAGCGCUGGCUGGCUGUGGCAGAGGGACUGUUUGGUCCCUAUGUCUGGGGAAGGUAUGACAUUGUGUUCCUGCCUCCCUCCUUUCCCAUCGUUGCCAUGGAGAACCCGUGCCUGACGUUCAUCAUCUCGUCCAUCUUGGAGAGCCGGGAGUUCCUGCUGAUCGACGUGAUCCAUGAGAUCGCCCACGGCUGGUUCGGCAACGCCGUCACCAAUGCCACCUGGGAGGAGAUGUGGCUGAGUGAGGGCCUGGCCACCUACGCACAGAGACGCAUCACCACCGAGGCUUAUGGCGAGGCCUUCACCUGCCUGGAGACCGUGUUCCGUCUGGACGCUCUGCACAGACAGAUGCGUCUCCUAGGAGACAACAACCCCGUCAGCAAACUCCAGGCCAAGUUUGAGCCAGGUGUGAACCCCAGCAGUCUGAUGAAUCUGUUCACCUAUGAGAAGGGCUUCUGUUUCGUCUCCUACCUCUCACAGCUCUGUGGCGACAUCAAGCGAUUCGACAGCUUCCUGAGGGCCUACAUUGAGAAGUUCAAGUUCAGCAGCGUGGUGGCUCAAGACCUGCUGGACUUCUUCCUGGGCUUCUUUCCUGAGCUGAAGGAGAACUGUGCGUCACAGAGAGAAGGGCUGGAGUUUGAGCGCUGGCUGAAUGACUGCGGACCCCCCCUGUUCGAGCCCGACCUGUCGGCGGGCGGGGUUCUGACCGGCCCGGUUCAGCGUCUGUGCGAGUUGUGGGGCACCGACGCCCCCGACACGCAGACCAUCACAACCUUUGACCUCUCCACGUGGAGCACCUUCCAGACGGUGCUGUUCCUGGACCGCCUGCUGGACCGUUCGCCGCUUGCUCACGAGGUGAUGAGCCAGCUGUCGCACAGCUACUCGGCCCUACUGGACGGCAUGAACGCUGAGGUGCGCAUCCGCUGGCUGCAGAUCGUGGUGCGGAAUAGCUUCUACCCUGACCUGCCACGCGUCCGCAGCUUCCUGCUCAAACACACCUCCCGCAUGUACACGGUGCCGCUGUACGAGGACCUGUGUGGCGGGGUGAUGAAGUGCUUCGCCGUGGAGGUCUUCUACCAGACGCAGGCGCGCCUGCACCCCAACCUGCGCCGCACGCUGCAGCAGAUCCUCUUCCAGACCAGCGCCGCCAUGUCCACCGUCGCCGCCCUGCCCUGCACCCCGAGCCCCACCCUGGACGCGCCGCCGGUCCUCGCCCCGCCCGUUUUGGCUCCCCCGACCACCGGCCCUGCGCCCGCCGACCCCCCGGCGAACGGGACCAUUGCGCUGCGAGACGUCAACGUUUCCGCGUGACACCGGUGGCGUGGGGGGUGGGGGGGGCACGUUGCGACCACUGUGACAGAGGGCGGUGUCGUUAAAAUCUCCCAGAGAGGAAGAUGGAGGUAGUGAACGGGAGCGGUCACGGAGGAACGAGUGACCGUGGAGAUGGAGGAGAAGCGAGGGAUGAACGAUGGUGAAGGCCAGAGAAGCGGCAAAGGAUGAGGAGAAAGAUCUGGAAAGGACUUGAAACUAAAAAAUGACUUGUGCACCCUUAUCGUGCCUGAUUGAGA